AUGAAGGCAAAGGCCCCGCCCGACACAAGUAGCGAUAUGUCUGUGCUCUCGCUGGGAAAAAAACAGGUUAAGGCAUUUCGUGCUAGUCGCGUGACGGGGACACGUUCAAUUGAAGAGGCACUGGCAGAGAUACAGAUCAUUAAGCACAAUGUUUAUGUCCAGAGGAAGGAGCGUUCAUUACCAGAGGAAGAGGUGUCCAUUUGCUUUUGUAAGCCACCAAAGAACGAGCAUGAAAUGGGAUGUCUUGAUGGCUGCUUGAAUCGUGCGGCUUUGGUGGAAUGCAUAGCAGGGUUUUGCAAGUGUGGAGAUCAGUGCGAUAAUAUGAGGAUACAGCGUGGUGUCAUGCCUUUAACUAAGCUUAUCGAUUGCGGGAACAAAGGUCUUGGAAUAAGGUUGCUAGAAGAUAUCAAAGCUGGUUCUUUUGUAAGCGAAUACAUGGGCGAGAUCGUGACAGAGCAGGAGUAUCACAUGCGACGAGUGCUUUACCAUAAUGAGAAACAUCGCUAUAUAAUGGUGUUAAGCGGCGGUGAAGUCAUCGAUGCUACGCGUAUGGGAGGUUGGGCGCGUUUCAUCAACCACAGCUGUGAUCCAAACUGCGGUGUAGAGAAGUGGGAUGUCAAUGGUGAAGAACGAUGCGCCAUUUUUGCUCUGCGUGAUAUUGCUGCAGGCGAGGAGCUGACAUUUGAUUACAAGUUUGAGUCCUUUAGCAAAGCCGAAAUAACGGAGUGUCUUUGUGGAGCACCGAACUGCCGGAAGGUAAUCGGAGUAAAUAAUCGUGUGUCAAAGGUGAUUAAGCCGUACCACAUCAAUAACAAGACGGAGGCGAUGACACCUGUUGUUGGCUCGAAACUGCUCGACCCUGUCAUAGGACUGAAAGCAAGGCCAUUUCAAGGUGCAAAGAAAGCAGAAGCUUUAAUGCAGCGAAUGGCACGGCAACGCCUUCUAAGCAGCAACGAUAUGCGUGUGUUACGUCGGUCACACGUGAUGUUACAACGAAACUUGACGUGGCACAUGGAAAAUGAUUUUGAUCAUUUGGCACUACUACCCUACUUUAUCAUGAAACACUCGUCCAUGAAACACGUACCGGAACUAAAGCAUCUUCAUUUUCACUUAAGCGUAAUCUUCCGAUUAGAAACGUGGUUAAUAGCCAUGGCAGGAUACGACCACGAAUCGAGUCUAAGCACGAGCAUAACACAGCGCAAUGACACUGGCAGGGUCACGUACGAUCCUAAUACAAAUCACGGGUGUCAGCCCAGCGCUGCAGAAGCGCGCGAGUUCCGCAAGCGGUGGCUUCUGCUGACAGAUCGUGAACGCAUAGCGGCACUGAGCGGAGAUGUGAAUCAGUUUUUGCAGACAGCAACCGAUCUGCUGCCGUGUCCUGGCUGUCGUAAGAAUGCGGAAGCGCUAUUUUACAAGCUAGCAGACGGCAUCGUUCGAUUGCCACAGGCUGUCAGUAAAUCGGGUCUUUGCUUUAAUAAAGACAAUCGCUUCCGACUCAACGAAUCGUAUUUGAAUAGUCCGGACACGUCAUUCUUGCUUUUCUACCACCAAGAGCAAUGGACUAAUGAGGGGCUAACGAAACCAACGAAACCUAGCAGUAAAGCUGGUACAUCACGUGCAAGAUGUCAGCUGCACUCGCAGCGGGUGCGUGGUCGCCCGCGUCCUGCGGCAUUCGAGGCACUGUGGCUUAAGCUGCCGGAAGAUCACCAGCGACAUCUCUCUCAUAUUGACUCAGACCAGUUCCUGACCGACUUGGAAAACUAUUUGCGACGUCAUCGUUUUUGUUGCCGGUGCAAGGAAAAAGUAUUAGAAGCAUAUGAUUUGCUUAUUGAGUCGAGCUGUAGUGAGGACGAUUGCGAGGAUUGUGGGGGCUUUGAAUGCGUGGAGAAACAUCAUGAACAUAGCGAUUAUGGCGAUGAUUUACACUAUACGUCUUACUUAUUUGACGAGCUUGCAUUUUUUCGCGCUACAAACCAGAUCAUUGUGCCCUGUAAUAUUGAGUUUAUGUCGCAGUUGAUGUCCAGAGCAGAUCAGAAAAUUGUAGGUGAUUGGGGUGAUCGUCAUGCACGGACAAUCGCUGAAGCACAGGAUGAAGUAUUGAUAUGUCUAGGUAUGGUUAUUUGGGACAAAAUGCAGAGCGUAUGGACCAAGUCUCGAUCCAAGAAGCGGUCAGAAGAACUGCUGGUGCAUUGCGCUGUGUCUACACUGCGCCGUAACUUUGAUGAGGCGGUGGAAGCAUUGCAUGGUGAGGAGAUGAUGGAACAGCUAUUAGCAGAAGAAGAUGACGAGUCUAGGAGAUUGGCGAAGAAGAAAGAGAAGCGAAAGGAAAAGAAGAAAAAGCGCAAAACAGCAUCAAAACUGAAGCUAGCGUAUCGGUCAGAAUCAGAGAAAAGUCAUCAGUCUGAGAAGCAAAAGCUUAAGCAGACUAAAACGCGUAAGCAAUCUGAUAGCAGCAAGACCGUGGCAUCUCAAUCAUCUACCAAUUCACUUAGCAGUCAAGGUGACGACGACGAUCUCACGAGUUCCAGUAGAUCCACGGAUGCGACGGGAUCGCAUCAGUGUGACUCGAUUUGUGACGAGCCGUGUCAGGGUGGAGAUUUGACACAGGACGAGCGUACGGAAUGGCAAUUGCUAUCGUCUAUGGGAUGGAAUGCAUCGAACCAAAUUAUACCAUCCUUGCCGGAGUUGGACGUGGAUACGGAUGACGAGAAUCAUGGCAUUCCUGAAGACGACAUUCGUUUUUGGAAGCAGAAUCGUUCAAGUCUUGUUCGACGACGUAUGGCUCAACGGCAGAAACUGCAGGAACGUUUCGAUCAGUUUGUUUUGCGCACGACAUCUCUCGAUGGGCAGCACACCUUGAAUCAGGACCGAUUGACUACAUUGGAGGGCUUGUCUGCCGGGACAUGCUAA